CCUUACUAGGCCUGUUGACCAGUCGCCUGAAAACUCACCGCCAUCUCCCUUUUUUGAGCAGGUCCUCGUCGAUCGCACGUGAAACGGAGGGAUUGAUGAAAUCAAAACAUCUAGCAGGAUCAGCCAGAACCAUUACGGUCUCAUGAGGUGAUUACGCGCUAAAUUUAUGACUUUUCACGACAUUCCUCCGUAACGUUUCUUCGAAACCUACUCCUUCCGGCCAUCGAAUGAAUCGCCAUCAAUAUCCGCAUCCGGGUGUUUCAUUGGGCAUUGAAUCAUUCGGUCAGGCUAUCACGCCAGCGUUCCUUCCUUUUCUAUAGUGUCUGAUUAGCACCAAGUCCACCGACCCCUUGUCGAGAAUGUCGGCGUCUGAAUCCUCUUCGGUUUCGAGUGAUGCCUCGGUCCCGGGCGACCCGGUGGAAGAACAGGGAAGCUCACUCCCUCAACUGGAGGUCCUUAUCUCUCACCUGGUCGCCGCGAAGCGAUCUUUGUCAUCCAUCACUCACGUGUGGCGUGCCAAUGAGAUUGUUACAUCUGCUCGCUCCGCACUGGAAGAAAGUGUCGUGAUUUCCGCACGGACGGGCUUUCUCCGGCGCGGGCUCAACAAUCAGCUGCGGCUACUAUACAGUGUCCGGUCUGAAGUCGAGGAAGUUUCACUCAGGGGUCGAUCCGAAUUUGCCAGUGUGCUGAAAAGCCUCGACUCGGCCGAUGCCCGAUUAAGAAAGACCCUGGAUUUACUACGUGAAACCAUAGUCCACUCUUCAUUCCGUCCCGAUGGAGAACAGCCCAAAAGCUUACAUGAUUUUGUGGAUGAGCGGGGUGUAGAGGAGCUUCAUGCAUCUUUGAAGAGCGCAAUCGACCGUACCAAUGCUGCACGGGCGGAAUUGGAUUCCUCCAAUCUCGCUUUUGACGAUGAACUCGACUCCAUCAAGAAAGCAUUGGGCACGUAUCGGGAAGCUACCAAGUUGGCCUCUUCUCGAUCGUCGGCCUCUUCGUCUUCAUCCACGUCCAACUCGAACCUGCCUUCGCUGUCAUCGAUGCCAUCCAUGUUACAUUCAUUGGAGAUGCAUGCGCAGGAAAUGGCUAACCUACUAGAGUCCUUGGUCCGCCACUUCGACCUGUGUGUAACCGCUGUCAAGCAUACUGAAGGCGGCGGAGCUGCCGCGCAAUCCAUCACGGGCGACAUGCCCGCUGCGGUCACCGUCAGUGGGCCUGGAGUGCUCAACAUCGAAGAAGGCAUCAAUGCCAAUCUGAACGCUCCACUGGACCCCUUGAGCGAGUCCGACUAUCAAGAAAUGGUAAAUGUUUUGAUCAAGGAUGCCGCGGAGGCAGAAGACGUGGUGAUGGAAAUCCAAGACCGCAUUGGCGACAUGGAAUCGGUCCUGGAGAAUGUCCUGUCUCAACGGGAUAUCCUCCUGUCUGUCUACAAUGCCACGACGGGCGUUUUCAAACAUCUAUCGUCUCUUGCAUCUGCACGCUUACCUGGCUAUAUUGCUCAGGCACAUAGCUUCACGCGCGUAUGGAACGAAGAGCACGAAUGCAUUGACGGUGGGUUAGCGGACCUUUCCGAUCUCAAUUCCCUGUAUGAUGGGUUUUUGGAGGCCUACGAUGGCCUGAUUGUGGAGGUAACGCGCCGGCGGCAUGUGCGGCAUCGUGUGGAGAAGGUGCUCCGCGACGCUAAACACAAGUUGGACCAGCUGUAUGAGGAAGAUGUCAAUGCCCGUGAAACCUUCCGGGUGGAGCAAGGCGACUAUCUGCCGUCUGACAUCUGGCCAGGUAUUGGCCGUGAGCCGAUGCGAAUAGAAUUUCGACGCAUAUCCGGUGGCAACCUCAAGGGGGUCACUGCAGAGCCGCUGGAUGGACAAGACCAGCCAGCUGCCGAGCCCCAUGAGCCGCCAGCCCCUGUGGAGGACAACCCCGAGGAGGGCGAGGUUAUUCCUAAUCUACCCAAAUCGCUUGUUGAAGGGGCUCUCAAUCGGCUGCAGGCCAGGCGCAGAACAGCCACGUAGCAUUGGUGACCUUGUAACUUUCGUCAGCCUCAGGUUACAGCUUGGAUGCAAUUUGUGUGGGAACAUGCUAUAUAGUCGAUGACCUAGGUGAUGAAAUCUAAGGCUAGUCCUGUCUGAUACAGGCUAUACCUAUCUAAAUACCAUCCAGGGUGGACAUGAUUCCAUUUGACGCAUACUCCAGCGCAUCAUCAUGAUUCGCUCGGAUGUAAGUGCUGAUGGGUCCAUCCUGGUAGUAGGUGGCCUGGAAUGAGGAUCAAAGAGAGCUCUGAUAGGUCUUGGCCUCCAUGUGAGCUGUGCAUGUCUUGUUCGGCCUGAUCUAGAUAGAUAUUAUCUUGCAUCAAAACUGCGAACUUCAGGAUGUCUUGGACUAGAUAUUCUUUCAAGUCUAGUAAUCAGACUCAUAUGGACUUCAAUAUCAAAUGCUUC